GACUCUCAUCGGAUUAAUUAAAAUGUCAAAAAUCAAACUCACUAAGCUUCUGCGCGAAAACCUCCGUUAAAACCGGAGAAAAAUUGAACUAAAUCCAUGGAAUUACUGAUGUUAGAUUAAAGUAGAGGACCUUUGAGGGAGGUCUUGUGAAGGUUGCGCGAUGAUUUGGAGCAGAAACGGGAUUUGUGAGCUUUGUUGAUUUGAACUCGAGACCCUGCCAUGACAGAGGAUCGUCCGGAAACGUGGAAUAAUGUCUCUGGUCCUGAGAGAAUAGAUGUUAAAAUGUACAUUGAGUUUCUAGCAGCAGAGAUUGAGGAACUAAAUCGUCAAUUGGCACUUGACAGCAGACUCAAGUUUUUCUGCUUCCCUGAAUGUCCUUCAUUGACUAUGGUGGGAACUUCCGGUAAGCGUCUUCUGGCUGUUUCUGAUCCUAGCCAAAUGAAGAUAAGUGUAACAGAGACUAGUGCCUCAGAACUUGCCAAGCUUCUUUACCGGUUGAUGGUGGCUGGUUACAGCAUCCGUAAUAUAGAAGUCCAAUUUGACAUGGAAAGAGUACUUGGAACUCCUCCAAAGCUUGCAGAGUUGCCUCCAGGAGAAAAUAUUUAGACAUUUUGCAUAACAACGGAGGAUAUAGCCAAGUUAGAGCAUAUUGAUCUGAAUGCCUCCUAAUGCAUUAAGUUUGUGGCCUGUGGGAGGAAGGGGGCUUACCCUCUCGCUUUGCACAUCUAGUCACACACUAAUGGUGUCUGUGUUAGGCACACUGACUGUCUCCGUUACACACCCAGCCACUAAACUUCUCCAUCUUCUUCAACUCUAGAGACUGCUGGGUUUCUUAAUCUUGCUGCCAUUAAUGUAAGAAGCAAACAUCCAACCAAAAAAGCGCCGCACGUUGCCUGUUGCUGCCCACAAUCCAUCUUUUUUGGAGCACCCGUUAGACAUUUCCAACAACUCACAAAGAAUCAAAAAGAAAUUUCCAG